GUUGCCUCGGGUUUCCCAGAUUCACCUAUGGAAGGCUCAUGGCGGGCUGGAAAUGCAGCACCUCCAGGGUUUUCUUCAGCAGCUGCGACAGAUCGCAGGCAGGAUGUCAUCAGGACCUCGAGGAGCAGGACUGGGUGUCAAACUGCUGCUCGGUGCUGGAGCUCUGGCUUAUGGAGUAAAGGAAGCCACAUACACAGUUGAAGGUGGGCAGAGAGCCAUCAUCUUUAACAGGAUCGGAGGGAUACAGAUGGACACAGUCCUGUCUGAGGGACUCCACUUUAGGAUACCCUGGUUCCAGUACCCCAUCAUCUACGACAUUAGAGCUAAACCCAGAAAGAUCUCCUCCCUCACUGGAAGCAAAGAUCUCCAGAUGGUGAACAUCGCUCUGAGAGUUUUGUCCCGGCCGCUGGCGUCCAACCUGCCCACCCUCUACCAGCAGCUGGGUCAGGACUACGACGAGCGCGUGCUGCCGUCCAUCGUCAACGAGGUUCUGAAGAGUGUGGUGGCAAAGUUCAACGCUUCCCAGCUGAUCACACAGAGAGCCCAGGUCUCUCUGCUGAUCCGCAGAGAGCUGUUUGAGCGAGCCAAAGACUUCAACAUCAUCCUGGACGACGUGGCCAUCACCGAGCUGAGCUUCAGCCGAGAGUACACCGCCGCCGUCGAGGCCAAACAAGUUGCCCAGCAGGAGGCACAGCGAGCCCAGUUUUACGUAGAGAAGGCCAAACAGGACCAGAGACAGAAGAUCAUCCAGGCUGAGGGAGAAGCUCAGGCUGCUAAAAUGCUGGGCGAGGCUGUGACGAAGAAUCCUGGCUACCUGAAACUCAGGAAGAUCCGGGCGGCGCAGAACAUCGCCAAGACGGUGGCGCAGUCCCAAAACAAAGUGUACCUGAGUGCUGACAGCCUGGUGCUCAACCUGCAGGACAAAGACAGCUUCAAUUUAACACUGAAGUAAGAAGACGUCCUGUCGCUCUGUCAUCAUUCCCUCCCUCGUCCAUCUCUACAGAAGAAGUCAUGUUCGUAUCCAGCUCGUCUCUCACCUUUAGUUGACUCUACGUUUGUGAUUGAGCCUCGAUAAGGGCCACAAAAGAGACUUAAAUCUGCAGAUCGUCGACCAGCAGCCGCUUUGUCUGGACGUUUACACCGCUGAGGAGCUGCAAAAAGAAAACAUGAUUCUCAUCUUCACAUCCUUUUUGAUUCAUUCUCACCAUCACACUAACUUUUAAAGCCUUUAACGAUGGGAUAGUAAACAUGAAGACUUCCUUUGCUCCAUCAGUGCAGUCUGUUGAAUAAAUAAAUAAAUAGCUUUCUUGGCUUGUGAUGCAACUUAUUAUAUCUGAUAAAGACAUUAAGAAGGCUUAAAAUGAAGAAAUUAGAAAUACAUCACCAGUUUGAGUUCAUGUGAAAAUGUGACUUGACAUGUUUAGUCCUAAAAAUCACCAAAAAAGUAUAAAUAUGACUAUUUUUGGGGUAUUUUAGCCAUUCUUCAGGCUAAAGUUGGAGUAUUUAGGAAGACGGGAGUGAUAAUGUUCUUUGAUCAUGUGACUUUGUUUCCUCUGAAUAUCUGACUUUUUUUAUCUGAACAUGCAGACGGACGAUGUUUCAGAUAUCUGCUGAUGAGAUUUUUGCUGUAGAGCUGCAACUUUGAUUAUUUUCAAUUCAAGUUUAAUAUCUUAUUAUUUUCUGUAUUAAUUGUUUAUUUUUUGUUCAAAUAAAUCUCAGCAGCUACAGGAA